AUGUUUGUUAUGCACGGUAGUAACUAAUGGUUCUUGUUCUAGAAAAACGUCCCCCUUAAGUGGUUACGUCUAUCUUCACACCAAGUGGACCUAUAUAUUAAGCAGGGUAGUACUGGUUCUCCUUCUCGUACUAGAGAAACUAAAUGGCGACGUCUAUCUUCACACCAAGACCAUCAAGUGGACAUAUUUAUUAAGCUGGGUAGUAGUUGUACUAGUUCUUCUUCUACUUGUUCUAGAAGCACUAAAGGAGAUGAAAGAAAGAGUCAACACGGGUCUCGAUUGACUCAAGAUUCCCCACCUUGUGUGAAGUCAAUCUGCCGACUAGAUUCGAAUCAUCAUGAUCCUAGUAAGGGAGAAGAUAAUCAUCGAGGGGAACCGAACGUAGAGAGGGCGUUGAAAAGAUCAACAACUCACUCAACAAGCGAUGAAUAGUCAUGAUCUUCUACAACCUCUAAGUCUGGCAUCGUCCAGCUGGACGACUGGAAGCACGAUCCUCCUGGUCACGUGGAAAUGACAUGUUAAGGCUAAAGGACUUGCUGCCAGAAGAUGAACACCUCAGAAAAAAUGGAAUAAAGAACUGAAGUAUUGUAUCUAUUGGAUUGUACAACUGUACUUCUACAGGCUGCUAACGUACUUGAUUCCCAAGUACUAGGAGGACGAUGAAAGGAGCACAAUGAAAGUGACACAACUACAACUAUUUCGGCCAGUGAAGUAGAAGAUGUGCUCAGAGUAGGUGGAGGUUCACCUACUCGUAGUGGUACAACAAUUCUGUUACUGUUAAUUUUUUAGUAGAGAAAAAUACUGAGGUACUUCCCUCAGUGUGGACUAGGUACUUCUCUCAAUCAAAGACUACUGAGGAAGAAUACAAGUGAGGUGCUUCUCUCACUCAAAUCCGAGAAAUCAGGAUCAUGAAAUCAAACAACCACUAAGAAUCGCGAAGUUUCGAAAACUACUACCUUCUGAACAUACGUAACGCGACAAGUUUGGUCGCUUAUCUACCUCACCCAAACCGUACUGAGCUCUCUACUAUGGCAGCGUUAAUAUUCUUCUAAAAUGGUUAAUUCAUCUCCUGAUUGCAACUCCUGUCUUUCAUCAUCACCUGCGCGGUUGACGUUAAUUAAUUGUUGGUAGUCCCUCUAUGGCUGCACAUCCGCAUAUUAUCCCAGACGAUACAGGGCACACUGUGGAAAGCGAGUCAACUCCUUUCCGAUCCUAUCCUCUAUCCUAUCCUAUCCUAUCCUAUCCUAUAUGUAUAUAUAUUAUAGUAUCGUCCUAUCCUUCCCCCAAUGGCAGGCUUUUCAAAAUAUUACACAGGAUUCUGGCACCCGAAAAAAUCUCAUUGCUGUGCAUGAUACCACGGCUUUGUUCUGCUCUAGUUUUAUUAUCUGAGAAUCUGAAACUCUGAAAUCUGCUCUGGGUUUAUUAUAUAAUGCAUGAUCAUCGAUUUCGAUACCAAGAGCAGAACAUAUUUCAUCCGUUCGUUCAUAUCUUCUAAUCCGCAGCGAAAAUGAGUUCUAGUUUAGACUUGGACUUGCAUUGAGAAAAUAUAAGUACAAGAAGUAUCAGCGCUGAUCACGUCAAAAUAGACUUACAAAGGAUCAUCCGAAGACUUCGGUGGCCUCCCUAUACUUAGACGUCUAAGAAUACUGGAGCAGCUGGAGCAGGUCGUACCAGGGAGGCGAGCUUGACGUCAACACUCGUGUACCGACCGCAGAUACUUAUUGAUGAAGAAUAUUUUCAGUUGCGGACUGUUUUGCGUGCACUACAUGACUGGCUUACUUCUGGGGAAUAUCUCCACCGACCCUUCACCUACGCGGAAUGGGGCGCCAGCUGCGGCCCUUGGACAGUGCGCGUAGCCAAGCUGGUGCAGUAUUGGACCAAGAGACUCAUGUUCGAAAAAGGUGAGAACAGCAAUGAACGAUAUUUGCGAACGCGCGACCACUCACAAUCUCGCCUAGACGACCAGGAGAUCUACAGCAAGAAUACCAGUGAUAAAAUGAAUCAUGGUAGGAGGAGGACGCGUUACCUGCCGCCAUACCUGGCGCGCUUGGAAGAGCAGGGACUCUCGCCAUGCAGACUUCUUGUCUUGGAGCCGAGCCUUGGCGGCGUUGCGACUGCCUUGGAAAAUCUAGCGCUGAACGACGUCCGAUGCGAGUCCGUUGUCGUCUGGCAGGGCUACAUAGGUGGCGUCGUGCGACCCAAAAAAAUAGAUCCCAGAGACAGGGGGAAUGAAGAAAGCGAAGCACGAGGACAUCAAGUAAGAAAAGACCCGCGUGAAGAAACUAACUACAACGCAAGAAGGAGCGAUGAAGAAGGCCUGCAUCAAUAUCAAGCAGAUGAAACAAUAAGUGACGACCGGACCACAGCGCUUAAUGAAGGGCUGACCACCGUAGGUUCUGAGCGUGCUGAGCCGACACCACUUGUGCAACCAGCAUCCUGGGUCGGCGCGCAGAUGAUACCCGAUGGUGUGGCCUCACUGCGUGUGCGUAGGCAGCAACACGAAGGCUCACUACAGCAUGUGCAGCAAGAUGAAGCAUUGCUUGGAGUAGAAAACGCAAGCUUAUCUUCAGCAGCAGCUGCACUGUCUUCAUCUCGUAGAAGUCGACAAACGACAAGUCCACUUUGCGGAGACUACGAGGACGACGAGACUGAUCCACACGAUGAUGAAUCUUCCAAAACAGUGCCACCGAAAACAGGAGCAGCAGCUUCCACAACGCGUACAGAAAGAGGGAGAGAUGAGACCACUUCAGGCACACAUAUUGAAGGAGGUGAUGUUGAGGAUCAGCGACUCCUUUUUUCACGCCUUCUGCGGCCGGAAGAUGUUGGCAUCGUCGAUUUUUAUGGCUACCGCAAAUGCAUCCUCUUUGUUGGUCAUUGUUGGCGCUUUUUCGAGUUGAAAAAGUAAGAGCUCGUCCCUAAGGCAAUCAUUGAAUGAGAAUGGCUCGCAAGGAAGAUGCGACCGUGGCAGCUGCUCUAAGAUUUGAUUGAUAUGGACAUUCAAGGGCAGGAGGCACGUGUUGCCCCUCUAUUUCUGGAGGAGUUCGCCCAACGGGUGCGCCGUGUGCACAUUGGGACACACGGAAAGAGCAUUCACAAGACUGUGAAGAGCCUAUUUCUUGGCCAGCUUGAUGCCUCGCCACCGUCAGACGCAGUAGAAGCGUCCGAACAAGCCGAAAGCAAGCGAGAUCUCCAAGACUACCGCCCUCAGCCAGUAUGGUCGGUAGAUCAAGACUACCUAAGUCUUACAGCCCGCCGAGUGGAGCACUACGGCAAUGUACUCUUCCGGGAUGGCGUCUUUAGCGCCUCCAAUCGACUGCUUUCCCCAUGGAAAGACACCUCAACGUCAUAACUACGACAUACAUAUCUUAUUACAUAACAGGAUAGUCUAAGAGUAAGAAUACAUACACAGACCCGGCGCAACGACAAACAUAGUAAACUUCGGUGACAUACAUGACGACAACUACGGCCUGAAGAAGUGAUUUAGUUCUCGAGUCGACACGGGACAAUAGUGCCAAUAAUAUAUUCAUUGAUGAGCAAAAGUAUACUCAAAGUCAACACCAAAAGCUUCAGGUCCAACAUGUUACAUUUCACUAGCUGGCUCGGAGAACCGGGCCAAGAAUUUAGAUAAACGUAAAGUCACUGAUGUGUGAUGUAUAAUUCUCGCGAGUUUUGAUUUUGACUUUUUCAUCUAGAAAAAAAUGGCAGUAUCGGCCGCGUCUGCGGCAUUUCAAGUAGUAUAUGUUUUUCUUGAAAAUAAGUAGAUGCUGCCAGCUGGUCCUAUGAAUUUCCAUAUUUCCAAGGAUCGCAUAUUUUCUUGCAAAUUCCAUGCAAGGAGACUGAGACGAUGACAUCAUUGUAAUAGAAUUAGAAGAGCAAGGCCAGGAAAAAGCGACGAGCGCCGACCUGUUCUACCAAUACUGACUGAAAAAGGAGUGGGC